GUACUAUGUAGACAUCUACCCAAUCCCCAGUACUUAUCGUUUACUGUCUCGCACAUACGUCAUUGUCCCUGAAAGGCCAGCGAUCAUCAACAUAUGCCGGUGUAGCCGGUCUAGUGUCUACAUCUACGUCAUCCCCACUCCUCACAGGGUUGGCUGUAUACUUAAGCGCUCUUCUUCACGAUGAUAUCGCUAGGCAUUCUAUAGUCGUCUAGCUUGAGGUUUCUUAUUUUCCCGAUCUGACUCGGAACGUCCUAUACAUAUAAUUGCAUUCAGUCAAAACGCAAAGCACAAAGACAAUUUUGAAUUUAGCUCUUCAAAAUGACCAAUAUCAUGGACCCCAUCGAUGAUCCUUCCUACAACGUUGAAGCAACGGAGCAUACCUUUGGCACAAGUGCUUCGGACUCCCACCGCAGUAUCGACUCCUACAACUCUGAAAACAAAACCGGCAACAUCGCCGACACUGUCGAUCGUGGCAUUGGUGAUGAUCGGCAUGGCCGUACUUCUGAUAUCUCGUCGACUGCUUCCUGCAGCCAAACCCCUACAAACACGGGGAGGCAUGGACAAGCCCCCCGCGACAUAGGUGCACAAUACUCUCAAAGUUUCUCGCCCUCCUGCGAGUCACAACACGGCAUACCGGGCUCUGCCAAUUCGUCCCAUGGCACCCAUGAUACAGUGUCUACUACGACCGCCGAAUCCCAGCCGAGCCAUGCUAAAGACAAAACUGGCGCUCGUAUAGGGGGCGGUCGUGACAACAGGCCUGAUGCAACCAAGGAGAAAGAGGGGCCAAUUGAAGGAACUCAAGAUAAUGAUGUCACGGGAGAGAAGGUCAACGGUAUUGCAGGUGUUAUCCCUAUUUCUGGCAGUGCCGGUCCGACUACUACCAAAACCUUCGACCCCCAUGCUGAAAUCGGCAACUAUGGUAACAACGGCCCCCAUUCUUCAGCUACAGCGUCCAAGAACGAUGUUAGCGGUGAUCAAGACGCUCCCGCUAGCCAAUAUGAUACAGCUAGUAGCAGCUACAACACACUAGGAAGUGAUUAUGGACAGAGCACCACCGACAAGAAGAACAGUCGCGCAGGCUCAGGCUUAGCUGGGGCCCGAGCUGUUGAAUCUCGGCGAGAUAUGUAGACGUGGGGCCCACAUUUUUUGACUUUUAUAUGUACAUUAAUUCAGAUGGUGAAGUGAGGAGUCAAUCGGAAGAAAGUUUCAUGUACUAUCACGAUGAAUGUUACAAUAGAGGCCUAGCCAGCUCAUGGUUUGGCCAACUA